AUUCGAGUCACUCCUGGGAGAUUCAGCAGUCAGUAGCAGCCCAACGAAGCUGGAAGGAUUUCGGUGAAUUGUGAGUCCGUGAGGAAGACUAAAGGAAAAACCAAUAGUGAAAGUUGAACCAUCCAAAGGCUAAAACCAUUUCUCAGUUUUACUUGUAAAAAGUGAGAAUUUAGUGAAAAUGUUGGGUGAACCAUCGAUGCCAAUGGCAUUUUCCUGGGGCGGUGCCUCGGCCACUGUCAGCAAUUUGACCGUAGUCGAUAAGGUCACCCCGGAUAUGCUGCACCUGAUCGAUCCACAUUGGUACCAAUUUCCACCGCUAAACCCACUGUGGUAUUCCAUUCUUGGAUUUGCCAUCUUCGUGCUGGGCUGCACGUCUGUGAUCGGAAAUGCCUGCGUGAUGUACAUCUUUAUGACCACCAAGUCGUUGCGUACGCCCUCAAACAUGCUCGUGAUCAACCUGGCGUUCUCUGACUUCCUGAUGAUGUUCACCAUGUCACCUCCGAUGGUCAUCAACAGCUACAACGAAACCUGGACCUUUGGACCUCUGAUGUGCCAAGUGUACGCCCUGUUGGGAUCACUUUUCGGCUGUGUCUCGAUCUGGACCAUGUGCGUAAUCGCCUUUGAGCGUUACAACGUCAUCGUUAAGGGUCUCUCGGCGAAGCCGAUGACCUCGAACAGCUGCCUGGUGAAAAUCUUCCUAGUUUGGGUCAACUCCCUCUUCUGGACCAUCACACCGAUGUUCGGAUGGGGACGUUACGUGCCCGAGGGCAACAUGACCGCCUGCGGAACCGACUACCUCAGCCAGGACAUCAUCAGUCGCUCGUACAUCAUUGCUUACUCGUUCUUCGUCUACUGGCUGCCGUUGGCUUUGAUCAUCUACUCAUAUGCAUUCAUCCUGAAGGCCGUGGCAGCCCACGAGAAGAACAUGCGCGAUCAGGCCAAGAAGAUGAACGUGGCCACUCUGCGCUCAUCGGACGCCGCUAAACAGAAUGCCGAAAUCAAGCUGGCCAAGGUCGCCCUCGUUACCAUCUCGCUGUGGUUCAUGGCCUGGACACCGUACCUGGUGAUUAACUAUGCUGGCAUCUUCAAGACUGCUCCCAUCAGUCCGCUGGCCACCAUCUGGGGAUCGCUGUUUGCCAAGGCCAAUGCCGUCUACAAUCCAAUCGUGUACGGUAUCAGCCAUCCGAAGUACCGGGCAGCGCUCUACAAACGGUUCCCCUCGUUGGCCUGCACCUCCGACAAUACCCUUGGCGAUGAACAAUCGGUUAACUCUGGAGCUACCGUUGCAUCGGACUCGAACAACAACGCCUAACUCAACUCGUUCCGCUCUCAAUCGUCAACACAAUAACGCAUCGGAAAUAAUCGGGACAAGCUGUACGCGGGAGGACAAGACUUGGCGCAGCGAUAUACCUCAUCAUGGAUGCACCAUAACAAACUCAUCUAUAACUAGUAGCAAUCAUUAUCUCCAAACUACAGAAUUGCUCGAUGUUCCGAUGUGACGGUAGUAGUUUGUAGAAAUAAAAUAGUAAUUUAUUUAUGAUACAUGAACUGAA